UUGCUCUCCGACGUGGUCAGCUGACUGAACCAAACAGACAACUGCCUUUGCUACAGGAAAUAACAUUACUGCAUUACUGCACAACCAGCUGUGGCCAUGAAGAAGAACAAAAGCAAAGCAAGCAGUACUGCCGAGAAGGAGUUUGUGUUUGAGUUCAGGGCAGGGAAACACAACUGUGUCCUCAAAGUUCCUCUGCAGUUUCCCGUUCAGGAGAACAUAAGUGACCUUCAUGGACGCCUGAUGCUGCUUCAUAAAAUACCCUGCUACAUAGAAAAUGAGCUGAAAACCUCCCUCUCCACUUUCAUCGAGAAGGAGAGCAUUCUGGAUUAUGACAGAGAGGCAAACCUGGCCCUGCAGAGAAUCACCACAGGAGAAGUAGAUGUGAACCAGCUCACUAGCGCAUGGACCAAAUCAUAUGUGGAGACCACGCUGGAGCAUUCCCGGCCCGAGGAGCCCAGUUGGGACGAGGACUUUGCCAAUGUUUACCACGAGCUCAUCCACUCCCCUGCCUCGGACACGCUCCUCAACCUGGAGCACAACUACUUCGUUAGCAUCUCCGAGCUCAUUAGCGAGAGAGACAUGGAGAUUAAGAAGCUACAGGAGAGGCAAGCAACAGAGAUGGACAAGGUGAUGCACGAGCUGGGGAAUACACUGAGUGACCAGGAUGUAAAUGCAGUAGCCUCUCAACACUUUGAUGCACAGCAGGUUCUGGAGAAUAAGUGGGCCAGUGAGCUGAAGCAAGUGACAUGCAUUCAAAAGCAGGAGUAUCAGGAGUGGGUGAUCAAACUCCACCAGGACCUGCAGAAAUCCAACAACAGCAGCCAAAUCAAUGAGGAGAUUAAGGUGCAGCCCAGUCAGCUGUCAGAAGCUGCAGACUCUGGGGCCCGGAUGUAUGAGGAGCAGCCUCAGCUGGAGGAGAGCUUCACCAUUCACCUCGGAGCACAGCUGAAGACCAUGCACAACCUGCGGCUGGUCCGAGCCGACGUGCUGGAUUUCUGCAAGCACAGACGACACGGCAGCAGCGGGACGAAGCUGCGGCGGCUCCAGACGGCCCUCUCGCUGUACUCCUCCUCGCUCUGCGGUCUGGUGCUGCUGGUGGACAACAGGGUCAACUCCUACAGUGGCAUCAAGAGAGAUUUUGCAACUGUGGCGAAGGAGUGCACUGAUUUCCACUUUCCCUGCCUGGAGGAGCAGCUGGAGGAGGUGCAGGAGGUGGUGCUCUAUGCCAGAGCCCAGCGGAGCAGCAAGCACAAAGACCAACCCGAGAUUCACAGGAAUGGAGUCGACGAAAAGAGCAAAAAUGUUGAGAGAAAUCCCUCGAAUAUCUUGCCAGGUGAGUUCUACAUCUCUCGACACUCCAACCUGUCAGAGGUCCACGUCGUCUUCCAUCUGUGCGUGGACGACAACGUUCGCUCGGGGAACAUCACGGCCCGGGACCCGGCUAUCAUGGGCUUGAGAAACAUCCUGAAGGUCUGCUGCACCCAUGACAUCACCACGGUCACCGUGCCUCUGCUGCUGGUCCAUGACAUGUCAGAGGAGAUGACCAUACCGUGGUGUCUGAAGAGGGCUGAGCUCGUAUUCAAAUGUGUCAAAGGCUUUAUGAUGGAAAUGGCCUCAUGGGACGGAGGCAUAUCACGCACAGUCCAGUUUCUGGUGCCAAAGAGUAUCUCAGAGGAGAUGUUCUACCAGCUGAGCAACAUGCUGCCUCAGAUCUUCCGCGUUUCCUCUACCUUAACCCUCACUUCAAAGCACUGAUGUCGAAUGGUUCCCGAUCCAUCGAAAGAAGACGUUCGUUCCAUCCUCGAGCCCUUUGGACGGACGAGUUUAUUUUAACGGCCUCAGCAAGUUACGCGUCCUGCUUUUCAGAAAACAGGAGUACAGAUUUUGUGAGAUGGCAGAUGACUCCCAUUUGAGUUAAAAAAACAAAACAAAAACAUUUAGUGGCAUUACAGUCAAGGUGCAAAAACAAGGUUUAUUUUAUUUCACCCUUCAAAGCUACAAACACUUUGUAAAUACCAGCAGCUCACCAAGGCAGCCACUGCUCUCCAGGGUGCGGUUCUGGUGAGUUUUAUGACAUCAGUCGACAGUACUGCGAAUACGCUAGUUUUCCUUUAAAGCCCAGUCAGUGUAUUUCAUUCUCUACAGCGUAAUGGACCGUGUAGCAUUGAGUAGGUGAAAAUUGAUUUUAAAAGAAAAAAAGGAAAACCAAAUAGAUAAAGAAGAAAAUGUUUAAUGAGACUGUAACUUUUGUCAACAGCAGUUUGCAGCUCGACUAAAUGCGACGCUUUAUGUGUUUUAAUUCUACGGAUGGAUUUAAUAAGUGUAUGUUAAUUAUGAGAAAUAACAUCAUAAACCGUGGCUCGAGUGUAAUUUUUAGCUGGGAACGUCCUAUAAUUAUCUCUUCAUGAGUCGCUCACGAUUGAUGUCGACGCGGCUCAGACAUCAGAUGAGAUUAAGCCACGAGUUUAGUGAGUAAUUGGCUUCAUGUUGGGGAGUAAAGUGACGUGGACUUAGCUUGAAGAAUGGCGUCGCUGCUGAAAUGAGCUGUGCGCAGGUGAUUUUCUACUGCAUUGCAGGGAGUUGUAGCAAGGAACACUCGUUUGAGUGUGUGUGUGUGUGUGUGUGUGUGUGUGUACGUACGUGUGGAUGGCCCGUCUCUCGUACCUGGGUAACAGCAGAUGGCACUGUUCCUGAAGACGAAAAAAAAAGUCCACAGACCGUCACACAGGUCACUUAUUAAAAGAGACAGUUUGAAUGAAACUGCUGCUCGUUGAAAUUCAUCCUGAGCCAUGUCGUCUUGACGCCGCACUGGAAGCUCAGAUGUUGUGCUAAUUGUGUAUUAUGUGGAUUUACUUCAUGUAUUUAAAAUUUUAUGUUUUAAUAAUUAAAAAAAAAAGUUAACACAACA